AUGGCAAACUUUUUCCUGCCUCGUAUUCUAGAAAGAAUAGCCCCUGCGUGGAAGCAUACCUGGUUGGCCGCCUACGCUCACCUCACGCUGCAAAUUUUGCAAGCCAUUAUUACCGUGGUCCUCUCAACUUUGUAUGCUGAAGGCCUUCUUACAGGGCCAGGCCUCGACUGUAGUCUGCACAAUCGAUGGCAACAGCUCUGGCGUAACCACGAUUCACAAUCUAUCCAGAGGAUCCAGGACGCGUUUGAUUGCUGCGGCUUCCUUUCGCUGAGGGACAUGUCAGAGCCGCAUCGCGGGACAGAUACGACACUUUGCGGGAGCACCUACCAUAGACUUACACCAUGUGUAGGUCCAUGGGGCAGAGCCAUGCAGCGUAGCUCGAGCCUUGGGUUUGCGGUGGCCGUUGUCGUUGGCGCCAUCCAGCUGACAUACAUUGUGCUGGUCCGGGCUCGUAUUGGUACGGGCAAUGGCUAUUCUGGACUCGAUCGCGGCGUAAAUGUCGGCCAAACAGGGGCUGGCGUGCAGCGUAUCGGAGCUGGAGAGUUUGGUCACAUGAUUAACGCCGACGACGGUGAGGUCAGGUUACCCCGAGAUCUAGCGAGGUACGAAGAGUCGAGUGUUCCUCGAGGCUAUGGGACGACAAAUGAUGAGUCAAGCCCACUAGUUCAGCCUUCAGGCCUCGGCGAUGAAGCCAGGCAAUGGGGGGCACCUCGUUGA